AUGGCUGAUACGGCAACCCAGGCACACCGUACUGCAAACAAGCCGCAUCAGAUUCCCAUCUCAUCACCCAACAGUCCAUCGCGCAUCAAGAUGACUCGCUCUCACAAGGCCAACGACAAGGACCACGCCGGUCUGGCCGACGGCACCGUCCCACCGCAUGAACAGAUUCCGAAGUGGUUUGGCAAGCACGGCUUUGCCGAUGCCCACCCCAAGAUGACCAAGAAGAACGGUGCUGGCCGCGCAAACUGGGGCAACGCCGGCGAUGAGAUCGCCGACACGGAUUUCAACUUCACCAAUGCUCGCCGCCGCUCCAACAGCAGCAGCAUCUCGACCGACCCCGAGUACCUCAAGACCAAGUUCGAGGUCAACGAGCCGGAGCCCGUCUUUGAGGAGAACAUGGGCCCCGAGGAGGAGGAGGAGAAGAUGGAGAAUUCGUCGAACGGGACCAGCGUCGACGAGAACAAGUCUCAUAAGGACAUCUAA